CUGCCCCACACACUCACCGCCCUCCCAAGGGUCGCUCUCUCUGGGAUUCUUCCCCUUCUUCCCCCAUUUCUGAGCCUUUGCAGGGCAUCUUCUCUCCCAUCACCUCGUUCCAAUUAGAACCCUGCCAGGAUUUCCCCCCAUCUUCAUUUAGGGCCUUUGCAAGACUUUUUUUCCUCCUAAUCUAGACCCUUUUUAGCCUCACUCCCCCUCCUUCCCUUCCCAUUCCCAGCACUAUCACAGCAUUCCCCAGCACUCCCCAGCCCUCAGCACUGCCCCAUUACCCCAUUUCAGACUCCCAACUAAUCCCCCCUCCUCAAACCAACACGCUCCUUAUAACCCCCCUGUCCUGCACCUCUCUCCCUUACCCCAUUGCUGUGCUGUUUGUGCCCAGAGGAUGGAGCAGCAAUGCUAAUUUCCCUUUGAUACCCAACGCCUUCUUGCAAGGAGUGCUGCCCCAUAGGGAGCCCUUUUGCUCUGUGCAGUCCAUAGCACAAAGUCAACCAGCCUGGGUGCAUAGCUGGCAACACAGACCUGGACUGAUGCAGAGGUUUCUGAUGUGACUCCAGAGGAUCCUGCUGCAUUUUCCUGGCAGCGUCACUCAUUUUGUCUCUGCUCGAAGCAGCUUUUUGCUCUCUGCCUUAACGCUGGAGUUGCAGGGAGGGAAGGUCUCAUAGGGGUGGGUGCCAGCGCAAGGUUCCCAUUGCCAUCAGCUCUGGGGUGAUGGUGUUUGCUCUUUUCUCCUUCCCAUCCUCUGAGAAGGAGAAAACCCCAAGGAAAAGUUUCUGACAUGGAGAAAUCGGUGUUUUUUUCCCACCUCCCUCCCAGUGAGGAGCUGUGCCAGCAUCCCAGUGGGUGGCAAUGGGAGCAGCCGCCGUGUUCCAUCCCACUGGAGGGCAGAGGGACAAAUCCCACCUCCGUCCGUGCCUCGUCCCUCCUUCAGCUGCAGGAAGGCGGGUGCAUGGAGGAUGGCUUUUCCAGGCUGCGCAGGAAAGAGCCACACAUUGGAGCUGAGCGCUACCACUGCUGCGGGUGCUGCAGCUGGGACAACACAACCAGGAGCUGCAGCUCAGGAUUCCCUCCUCCAAGGCAGUGACCUCAGGGGUGGCUGCUGGUGAGGUCCUGUCCCAGCUGCGAGGGGGCAGUGAGGAUGGAGCCUGGCGCGUGUACCCCAGAGCUGUGCUAUCCAAAGAACGGCAGCACCCAACUCAACGCUACGUCUGAUAGCACCAGUGACCUCCUGGCCACUUCCUUCCUGGGUUGCAUCCUGGGCACCAUGUGCGUGGUGGGCACGGCGGGGAACAUCUACACACUGGUGGUCACCACCGUCUCCAUGAGGCGCAGCGGCUCCAUGUAUGUUUACAUCAUCAACUUGGCCUUGGCUGACCUGCUCUACCUGUCCACCAUCCCCUUCGUGGUGUGCACCUACUUCGUGCGGGACUGGUACUUUGGAGACCUGGGCUGCAGGAUCCUCUUCAGCCUCGACCUCCUCACCAUGCAUGCCAGCAUCUUCAUCCUGACCAUCAUGAGCACUGAGCGCUACCUGGCUGUCGCCCGCCCUCUGGCCACGCUGCGCGGCUCAAGGGACCGUCGGCGGCUGCUCACCUUCCUGGCAUGGCUGGUGGCCUUCCUCCUUGCCCUGCCCAGCAUGAUCCUCAUCGACCUGCGUACCAGCCACCACCACGGGGUGACCAAGCGCAUGUGCCACCCCACGUGGCGGAUGGGGCCCUAUAAGGUGUACCUCACUGUGCUCUUCAACACCUGCAUCCUCGCCCCGGGGGUCACCAUCUGCUGCGUGUAUGCCAAGCUGGCCAGGACCUACUGGAGAUCCCAGAGGGCUCUUGUUGCUCAUGCCAAGCACGCCAGCCACUGUCCCAAGCAGAAGGUCUUGUACAUGAUCUUCAGCAUUGUGCUCGCCUACUGGGCUUGCUUCGUGCCCUUCUGGCUUUGGCAACUCUUCAGCCUCUACUGGCACGAGCGUGGGGAACGGGGCAGCUCCACCAUUGUCCCCAUCAACUUCCUGGUGACCUGCUUGGCCUACAGCAACAGCUGCGUCAACCCCUUCCUGUACACGCUGCUCUCCAAGAACUACAGUCUGAUCCAAGACGCAUGUGUGCACAAGGUGGAACGUGGAAUGACUGAACGAACACCAGACUUUAUGUUAUUCUUUGGGCAAGUUUGAGGAGUAACAACCAGUUCAAGUGCUGGCAGACCAAGUAAGAAUGAACACACUCAGACAGACUCAGAAAUUCAGACAGCUGAGGUUAUGAGAACAGCCCACAAAGCCUCAUAGAGUCAAUGGCUUGAGCCAUGCAAACUCUUGUUUGCGUUUCAUCCUUCCCUGGCCUUGAAAUCAGCCACUGGAAGAAGAAAUCAUCACUUAAAACCCAUACUGCCUCGCUUCUUUAUUUCCUCCAUCUAUCCAUCCAUUCAGCUUUAAGGCCUGCCUCAAAUGCAUGUACAGAACAAUACAAAAAAAGGGUCUUUAUCAUCACUGAAGUGGCACAAAAUUGCAAAGACGACACAAUGGGAGAGGUGGUGAAGCUGUAUAAAAGAGAACUAAAAUAAUUAAAAAGAUGGUGCCCUAUUCUCAUUAUUGUCAGCAAGGAGGAGGUACCUUGACAAGGGCUUUUAAAUACAGCAAACAACAAUCCUUGCCUAUUCUUAUUUUGUGCAUUCAAUAAAACACUGACCUAGAAAAGACAUUAGGAACUAUCAUAUGUCAACUGUGUCGUUGACAUAAAAGCUACUUGACCUAUAGACUUCCAAACCAAGGGCCCUUACCUUCACCUCACUUGGUUUUCACUGACCCAGUUAUAGAGCUUGUGUGAUAGGAUUUCUGUUAGUGGUGGGCUUUAGCAUCUGUUUUUUCAACUCUUUUAGUGAAAAAUUCACAUGAGACUACAUGCAAAGCUUUUGGGCAAUAAUCCAUUCUGCAUUUUUCCUAUCUGACUGGUUUAUUGCACAUUCAAAUGUACUGAAAGGAUUAAAUACACUCUAUGAACAGGUACGACUUCACAGCCAUUUUGAAAAGCCAGGGCCAUGGGGAUCCUGCUGCUCAGCCCAAGACUGUACCGACGUUCACCUACAGACAGCUCCAUUUCCUUUCUGCAAAACACACACAUGAUUUCACUUGUGUCCCAAUGAUCAGAACUGCAGAAACCCGUCCCCAGCUGCACCAAGAUUCCUCCAGAACAUGGGUGUAAAUACACCUCUCUCCUGUACAGUCUCGCUGGCUGAGCACCUUGAGCCACCCUGUGCAAAUCUCACACUAUGGUACAAUUUUACACCUUCAAUGCAAUCCUCACUCCCAACCACAAACCACGAGAGUUAUGGUCAAUGGAAACAAACAAAACUGAGAAUGAUGCCAGAAUUUCGACAAGUGUCUACCUUCUGUCCUAUCACAGUUUAAAGCUAUUAUCAAAUUCAAUUUAAAAAAGACAAAAUAGAAGUAUUCCAGUAGACAUCUUCUAAGAACAACCUCUUACCCACAGCUGAAUUUCAAUGCACUAUUCCAUAAACAAAAACAUCUGUUAAAUGUUUCAGUAAUGAAUUUCUCUAAAAAUCAGGCUUGCCAAAGAAAAAAGUCCUAUACAAGCAAGCCUGCUUUACUUAAGUUUAGACAUGUUUGACAGAUAACUGGGGCUUUCUGAAGCUGUGUUAUUUGUUAAAAUGCUGUCUCAUUUUGGUGUGCAAACUGGAAAAAAUGUUAGUGAUUCGGGUGUUUGAUUUGCUUUUGUUACCCCCGGGAAGUUAUCUUAGCAAUGUGUUAGAGAACCAACCUUUUAAUAUUAGUUUCAGGUAUACUAAAAAACAGCCUUAUAUGGCUCUCUGGAGAAAUUCUUAUCCUUACAGAACUGAAGUCGUAAAUCCUUUCAAUAGCUUUCCCUAACAUUUAAAAUGUAUUCACUGUAUAGUUACCCUUUUACCACAGCCUCCAAAUAAACCUUUCACACAGCCAAAAACUUCAGAACAGAAGUUAGCUCUGUUGAUGUAGCAUUUGGUGAUUUCCAUUUUGAGUCUUCAAAUAUGAAGUCGCAAAAACAUCUCAGGUAGAACAGUGGCACAGAAAUCACAGCUUUGGAACUGAAGUAAUUUUGUCCUCCGCCUCCUCCUUGCAAAGCUUUCUCUGUAAGGUAAUUAUAUCUGAGCAAACUACGGAAAGUAAUUCUGCAGGAGGAAAUAACUGUUUUCAUGUGCAAAACAAUUAGGUUUCAGCCAGGACAACCAAAAAGAAAUCAUACAAUACCAUUUAAGCUGUCCCCAAUUCUUUCGCUUCUCUCAAGUUAAGCCACAGCUUCCACUGGGAGCUUCCUGCUAAGGCAGAACUAGAAAUACUUUGCCUUUCAGUUAAAUGCUCAUAUGGAGGUAAUUUCUGCUAGAAGUUCACUUUUUAAUCAGGUUUUUAGAAUGUGCAAUGCAAAUUCUAGCGCCAGUCAGACACACUGCACCCACUGAACCCUACAGGGCUCAAGCUUGAUUUUAGACAAACUAACCAGGCACUCCUAACCAUCUGCAAGUCCUCGGCAAAUCAAGCUCAUUCUUAACUACACUGCGAUUUUCCUAUUAAAAAAAAAACAACAAACCCACAGGUCAUCGACCCAUCACAAUA